GGCGGGGGAUGGGCGGACAUGGAGCUGGCGGCUCCGGCGUUCCGGCGGUACUUGCUGCUGCUGGCGCAGGAGCAUCUCGAGUUCCGCCUGCCGGAAAUAUCAUCAUUGCUCUCCCUUUGUGGUGGAAAAUUCAGUGGUGAGCAGGAAAUUCGUGUAAAUUCUCCGUUUUGGAUUCUCAAUAUUCCUUCAGAAGAGAUGGCAAGGGGACUAAUGAAACGGACAGUAUGUGCAAAGUCUAUAUUUGAACUGUGGGGUCAUGGAAGAUCUGAGGGGGAGCUCUAUGCCUCUCUGAAGAACUAUCCAGUGGACAAGAUGCUUCCAUAUCUACAGUCAGACUCUACUUACAAAGUACAUAUUCAUACGUUUAACAAAACACUGACUCAAGCACAGAAAAUAAAAAAGAUCGAUGCCCUUGAGUUUCUGCCAUUCAAAGGAAAAGUAAAUUUAAAGAAUCCAGAACACAUCUUCUGGAUUUUGGAAGAUUAUGGAAUGAACCCAAAUAAUGUUCCAGAAGAGCCCUUUCAUCUGUAUUUUGGUAGAUGGAUUGCAGAUGGCCAAAGAGAACUCAUUGAAUCCUACAGUGUAAAGAAGAGACACUUCAUUGGAAAUACAAGCAUGGAUGCCUGCCUGUCUUUCAUUAUGGCCAACCAUGGGAGAGUAAAACCCAAUGAUGUUGUAUAUGAUCCAUUUGUUGGAACAGGUGGCCUUCUAAUCUCCUCAGCACACUUUGGAGCAUAUGUGUGUGGUACUGAUAUAGAUUACAACACAAUCCACGGAUUAGGCAAGGCAAGCAGAAAGAACCAGAAAUGGAGAGGGCCAGAUGAAAAUAUCAGAGCUAAUCUCCGACAGUAUGGUUUAGAGAAAUACUACCUCGAUGCACUGGUUGCUGAUUCUUCCAGGCCAAUAUGGCGAAAAGGGAUGCUGUUCGAUGCAAUCAUUACAGACCCACCAUAUGGUAUCAGAGAAGCUACUCGCAGAACGGGUUCACAAAAGGAAGCAGUUAAGUCAGUUGAAAGAAGCACAGAAAAUCACAUCUUCGUUUCAUCCAAUUAUCAUCUAAGUGACAUCUUUUUUGACCUGUUGAAGUUUGCGGCAGAAUAUCUGGUGAUGGGAGGAAGAUUAGUUUACUGGCUGCCAAUAUACAGGCCUGAAUAUACAGAAGAAAUCAUUCCUCGCCACCCGUGCCUGAAACUUAUUAGCAACUGUGAGCAGAUGCUUUCCAGCCACACAUCAAGGCGCCUGAUUACCAUGGAAAAGGUGAAAGAAUUCAAGAUGUUUGGCCUGGCGGUGCAGCAGAACUACCAAGGGAUUUCUUGGGAUUUGGUUUAUAAAGAUGAAGACCAAAGAGUCUGAGCUCACUGCCUACUUAAGAAACAACUACCCUUUGGCAUUCCUGGCAGCUGUGCAGUCUGUCCCUGUGAAACAUCAUCUUUUUCUGAGACAUCUAAACCUUCAUCUCCCCAGCAUUGCUUACAGCUCUGAAAUUUCACUUGAAGUCUAUUACCCAGUAAUUAGUGUAUUGAAUUAGACCUGUAUGUUUCAUAGCUGUAGUGCCUCAAUCAAAAUGUUCCACAGUACUGAAUCAAAUAUCCCAUCAUGGAAAUUAUUUUAACCCUAUUGCUGUUAUCAAAAAGCCCCAAAGCCUCAUAACGUUAUUUUAAAAAGUAGUUUGAGAUAGGUUCAUGGGAAAAGGCUAUGCAAAUACGAGUUCCCUGGAGAGUACCUUCUUAUCAAAUCCAGUGCUGGUUACUUCAUUUUGCUUAGGACUGAGGGUAGUUUGCCAGGCCUGAGGAUUACUUCAUCAUCUUGUUUACCCUUUUGAGUAAGCCCAUCAGAUGGCACUGUUGCACAUAAUCUUGUAAAUUCUCUCAGCCCAUUUGAGCAAAAUUUUAGUCCUGUAAGAAAAGGGUUUUGUUGAGUCUUUUUUUCCCCCCAGAUCCUAUUGCAUAUGCCCUCAUUAGGAUCCACGAGAGGCAGUCACUGCUUUUUUUGUUGGACUGCCUGCCACAGAAGCUUUUUCACCAGAUAGAGAUUUCUGACCUUGAGAAUCAGGCAUAGGCAUCUGAACAGUGGUCCUCAAAAGGAAAGAAAUUCCUCGAGUAGUGUGCAAGUGUAUUAUAAAACUAGUUGCAUUAAGACAGGACUAGUAUAACACUGAUAACAACGGCAAAGCUGAAAAGCCAUUGUGGAAAAGAAGUCAUUCUCCCUUUCCUCAAUUCUUCCUCUCUUGCCUGUCAUGAAAGUGUAACUGUCAUACAGGUGGGUCCAUCUGUUCUCUCCAGCUUCUGGGGAUGCAGCUUCCCUGGGCCAGGCAGGGGAGUAGAGUCUUCAUAUCAAGACAAACAUGGAAUAUUAGAUGUGAGAAUCAUGGGAAGAAAAACCAAGGUGAGCUCAGGAAAGUCUUAUUCGUUCUACAUAGCUUCAGCAUUUCCCUUGUCUGCCAUAAACCAACUGGCAUCACACAUACCUUCAUUUUGUAUGUGUUCUUCACAUUUGUCACUUAAGGACAGAGGUUUUAGAAGUUGAUUAAAAAGUGCUGUAUUAGCCACUGAGGGGCCCAUGUACAGCUGUAUCUUUGCCUAUGAUGUUCAGGAAUUUUAUUUUGUUAGAAAUCUAGCAGCAAGUUAGUAAACAGUCAAUUUGACCAAAGCAGUCCUACUACCUGUUAGCAACAUCUCCUACUUAAGCUGGCUGUUUUGGUUUCUUCACCUCAGGCCAAAAUCGUAACUAACAAAGAUUCCAAAUGUCCUGCAAAUUGAGUUAUUUUCCUAGUAUAGUACCACAUUGUUAUGGUUAUAACAGGACAUUCUCUGUGGCAGAUAUUCAGCAUCUGAAGAAGUAUCCCAAUCAUGCUAGGUCCU